GCAGCCGGGGCGGUUCCCGGCCGAUUGGGGCAGUGCUGUGUUGCGCUGCGGGUCGGCGGGAUGGGGAACACGGGCUUCUUCCUCCUGCUGCGGAAAAAGAAAGAACUCAUCCCCCUGGUCGGGUUUGUGGCCGUCGCCGCGGUUGGGGCUGUCUCUGCUUGUGUCUAUGCUCUGGUCAGCAAGACGGACGUCAUUAUUAACAAGUCUGGUAAUCCAGAACCUUGGGAAAGAGUGGAUCCUACCAAGCCUAGGAAGCUCUUGACAUUGUACCAGCAAUGGAAACCCAUAGAAGAGCUGGAAGAGGUCAAAAAGCUAAUGAAGUAAAGAGUUGCCAUUGCCUCAAAGGUACUCUAUGAAUCUAGUGGAAUCAUUUCUGCACAAACUCGACUAUUGAAAUCAGUGUGCGGAAAUGCUUCUGCUACAUUUUUAGGGUCUCCCUACAUUUUUGGACUCUGGAUGAGGAUUUUCAUUUUGCCUUAGAAGUUUUUCUUCAAUAUCCACCCAGUCCAAAAAUAAAGAUGUUUCAAAUAUUCAUUCUCAACAUUUAACUUGAUGUACGAGUUCAGUAUUCAAAGUAUUAACAGAAUGAAGCAUGCUUCAUUCAUGCAUGAGUUUUUUUUAUAGAUUGUUGAUUUUAUGUUCCUUUAAAAUAUAUUUUAAUUUUGUAAUUUUAUCAUUUUCUUUUCCUAAUAAAAUAAGCAUUUAUAUUUAGACUUUUUGCCCAGAGUUUCCUGUAACUUCCAUAAUAAGUGUGAAUGUCUCAGUACUCUUUUCUGAAGCUCCAGAGUAAGAUUUCUGGUCAGCUACUUCUCUUAAUGUCAUAUUUUAGUGAUGGAUACAGACAAUACCAGGAAGCCCUUUUCAGUUAGGGACUGUGCGCGCAAUGGCAACAUAAAAUGGUCAUAAAAAACAGAGGCAUAGUGAAAAAAUUUAGUUGGCUUCCAGUUGAGAUAUGGUUAAUGGUUUGGAUGUAGAAUAAAUGCUCAGACCUCAAUACUGUAAAGACUUACAGCUUUGUGUGCUUAAUUUUGCAAGCUAGGAGUAGUCCUCUAGAAGAUACUACUUUGCAGGAUCUGGACCUAAGACUUCAGUAUGACUAAAAUAAGAACGUUUUAAGAAUCUUUUACGUUUGUAAAUUUUUGCUGUUCAUUCUUGUGAGACCGUUGUUAAAUUAAAAUGAAGUUAAACAAAA